AUGGCGCCAAACACACCGUCAGGCGGCGCUGCAGAGCGGCCAUACCAUGGCGCCAACGGCAAGGCGGUGGUGGCAGCAAGGAUGCCCGGGACUCCGCGCCGGGAACAAAGUCACAGGCAAGACAAGGCCGUGCAGGAUCCGGGUCUGAGGGACUAUCGCCUCGGAGACUGCAUUGGGAAGGGAGCUUUCGGGUCUGUCUACAAAGCCUUCAACUGGGGGACAGGCGAGGCCGUCGCGAUCAAGCAGAUCAAGCUCGUUGACGUGCCCAAAAGCGAAUUACGAAUGAUUGAAGCCGAGAUUGAUCUCCUCAAAAACCUUCAUCAUGACAAUAUCGUGAAAUAUAUUGGCUUCGUCAAGACGGCAGACUGCCUCAACAUUAUCCUUGAGUACUGCGAGAAUGGAUCUCUGCAUUCAAUCUGCAAAGCUUACGGGAAGUUCCCGGAAAACCUGGUUGGUGUGUACAUGACGCAGGUCCUACAAGGCUUGCAAUAUCUGCAUGACCAAGGCGUUAUUCAUAGGGAUAUCAAGGGCGCCAAUAUCCUGACCACCAAGGAUGGAACCGUGAAGCUUGCCGAUUUCGGAGUGUCAACAAGCACACUCGCCGGGCCAGACAAGGAGGCUCAGGUCGUCGGGACCCCGUACUGGAUGGCCCCAGAGAUCAUCCAGCUGUCGGGCGCUACGUCGGCUUCGGAUAUUUGGAGCGUCGGAUGCACCGUGAUCGAGUUGUUGCAAGGGAAGCCGCCUUAUCAUAAUCUCGCUGCGAUGCCUGCACUCUUUGCUAUCGUCAACGACGACCACCCGCCUCUUCCAGAGGGAGUGUCUCCCGCUGCUCGAGACUUCCUCAUGCAAUGCUUCCAGAAGGACCCAAACCUACGUGUAUCAGCAAGAAAGCUUUUGCGGCACAGCUGGAUCACUGGCUCCAGAAGAAGCGACGCACCUGUUGCCAAGGCGCCGUCCAACUUCAGCCAGGCCGUCGAGGAGGUGAAACAGUGGAAUAAGGCCCUGAAGUCGUCCGAAAAUAACCUCAGGGCGUCGACUGGCUCCGAAAACAACGGUCCGCCGCACCGCGGUAAUCUAGCCACCUCCUCCAAGGGCCCACUGACCCUUGCAAAGCCGAGACAUACGGCAGAUGCAUUCAGGUCCCCUGAGCUUCCCGACGACGAUAACUGGGACAAUGACUUCGCCACGACCAUUUCGCCGAGUGCGCUCCAUCUCCCCCAGAUCAAAGGCCAAGACAACUUUGGUGGCUUGCUGUCAGGUGAUCGGUUGAAAGCUUUCGCUUCCAUCGAUGGGCACCGCGACGAUUCGGAGAACUGGGAUGCGACGUUUGAAGGCGGCGAACUGGUAACCAUCAAGGGUUUAGGACACUGGUCCGAGUUAGAUCCGCAAGAAGAGACGAUUCGGCCGCUGCCCAAGAAGACAGAAAAAUCGCUUGAAGCGAAGAGACAGCAGGGGCACAGGCGCGAGAGGAGCAGGCGGGGCGCCUCGGACUCUUCUCAGCCGGCACAGCCAAAGUCACCUGUCAGGCCUGGGGCAAAGUUCGAGUUACCUCCCCGUCCGGACGUCAUCUACCGAGAGCAAUCCACGGAGGACUACUCUGACCUUUUUGCCGACAAUGACCAUGUCUUUGACAGAAGGCUAAGCCUUGUCAGCAAGGAUGCGCCGCAACUGUUUCACCCGUCCGACUUGACCAGCAGCGUAUCAAAAUCCGCAAAGGCUCCCAAUGGCGGCGGCAGCAUGCGCAGAAAAGCUGCCUCAUCUAGACCCACCCUAUCUGCCCCUGACCAAGACCACCAGGUGAGAAGGACACGCUCCAACCUCGAGAUUACCAAAUUUGCCGAGGACGAGGGCGACGAAGACUUUUCGGAUAUUUUUGGUGGUGCUGACGACGCCUCUGUUGUCGAAUCCGGGGAGAGCGAUCGCGGCUCCGAGGAUGGGGGACCCGGCGGCCAGCUCAUCCUCUCGAGGCUGUCGAAUAACUCUUGGCUAGGCGACGAUGAGGACGAGGACGAUCCGUUCGCGAUGAUGGACCCAGGGUGGGAUGAGAUGGAUCUCCAGGCGAAUAUUGCCAGGGAUCGGCAUGCGAGGUUAGCCGAGCGGGUAGAGGAGCUGGUGAGGAGUAUGAAGAUUGGUGUAGGUGAAGAUAACUUGGCGGAAUUGGCUGAGGAUUUGCUGGCUCUGCUGUGGGAGAAUAAUGAGGCCAAGGAUCUCAUCAUCAGUGCGCACGGGUUGCUGCCGAUAUUGGAGAUCUUGGAGCCUUGCACGGUCAAGAGCAGGCAGCACAUGAUUUUGCAACUGCUCAAGAUCGUUAAUGCGAUCAUCCUGGACGAUGUUGAGUUGCAGGAAAACCUGUGCUUUGUUGGUGGCAUUCCCAUCGUUACAAAAUUCGCUGCCCGGCAGUAUUCGAACGAGAUUCGGCUCGAGGCCGCCGCCUUUGUCCGGCAGAUGUACCAGACUUCUACGUUGACGCUGCAGAUGUUUGUCAGUGCCGGUGGUCUUAAUGUCUUGGUUGAGUUCCUCGAUGAAGACUAUGAGACAUCCCAAGACCUUGUCCUGAUUGGUGUCAAUGGGAUUUGGAACGUCUUUGAACUCCAGGGACCGACGCCCAAGAAUGACUUUUGCAGGAUAUUCUCGCGCAGCAAGAUCCUCGAUCCCCUUGCUGCGAUCCUGCACAGGGUAUUGGACGAGGACAGAGACAAGCUGUCUGAGCUGGUUGAAGGCAGGAUCGUCAACAUUUUCUAUCUGUUCUCCCAGGCUGAGCCUUACGUCAAGGAAGCCGUGGCUGAGCGGCAGGUUCUUAAGACGGUGCUCAAGGACCUCAGACGGAUGACGCCAUCCCACCAAAUCACCAUGCUCAAGUUCAUCAAGAACAUGUCUAUGUGCUCGAGUGUACUCGACUCGCUUCACUCAGCGGAUGCUAUUGACUUUUUGAUCGAUGUGCUCAGCCAUUCGAUGAGAAAAGGGGAGAAACAUUUCCGAGAGAUUUCCAACCAGGUCCUGAAUACGAUGUUCAACCUCUGCCGUUUGAGCAAGGAACGGCAAGAGUACGCAGCUAGCAAUGGCAUCAUCCCGCUGCUACUCAAGAUUAUGAAGACGGACCACCCACCGAAAGAGUUCGUGCUCCCCAUCCUCUGCGACAUGGCCCAUUCCGGCAGCAAGGGAAGGAGGUACUUGUGGCAGAACAACGGUUUGGACUUUUACGUGUCGCUUCUGGCAGACCAGUACUGGCAGGUCACUGCGCUGGAUGCCAUAUUCGUGUGGCUGCAAGAGGAAACGGCGAAGGUGGAGUGCCAUCUUCUUGACGGCAGCUUCACCCCGGCCAUUGUGUCCUGCUUCAACCCCACCAAAGCUAACGCCUUCGACGCGAAUCUCCUCGAACCUUUGCUCAAGGUGCUGAGGCUGAGUCCGGCCGUGGCGGCGUCACUCGCCAAGGCUGACAUGUACGCCGGCAUCGCGCACAAACUUAACCACAAGAAGGCGGUUGUACGGCUCAACCUGCUGCGUCUUGUGCGUAACAUCAUGGACGGCUGUGAGACUAACAGUUUGCCCAUGGCGUCUACCGCUGCAUCUACAGCUGGCCGCCAGCUGCGCAUCCUGUUUGACAACAUUCAGACGCUGGCGGACAAAGAUCCCGCUGUCUUGGUCCGGAAUCUCGCGUCGGAGCUUAUCCGCAGCCACAUCGACGCUGAUUUGCAGCACGAGGCGAUGUCUCUUAGCGCGCUUAGCCUGGGGAUGAGCGGAAGUGGCAGCAGCAGCGGCGCCUCCACUGCCGGCUCCGGGCACCGUUCCCGAUCAGGUCCCCGCCGCAACACCAGCUACACACCCCCCGGUCUGCACUUGAGCAUGUCUAUGCCUCCGACUCCAACCCACGGGCAUCGUUUGACGCAGUCCUCCUCGGCCUACAUUGAAGUUGCCGCCACACCGAAGCGGUCGGCCGUGGGUCUGGCCCAAGAGCGCGACGCGGCCCUCUUUCGCCCGCGGAGCCGUGACGGCGUCGGCGCGACGAGCAUCCCCCGCCGGAUAAGCGACACCCCGCCUACACCCCUGUCAUCAGUUAGCGAGAGCGGCGGAACAGCGACGCCGAAUCCCCCUACUCCCGCCGGCGCAUCUUCGAGGAGCCGCCUCCCUAGAACGUCAAUGACUUCCUCGACGCGCCCUAGCUUGACAACUGCUACGUCGGCUCCCACCGUCCCUGCGGGCUCUGCCACCCCGACUUCUGCCGCCGGAAUGAGUGAUAGCUUCUCGGGCGUUAGCAACAGCUACAAGGAGUACUACACCAGCCAACGCCGCCCCAGCACCAGCGGGAGGAUACGCUCCGGCUCGUCGGUCACCAGCGGCGGGAGUGCGCGAUACCCGGUCUCGGCUUCGCCCACUGCUACUUCUGGCAGUAGUAACAGUGGGAGUUUUGUGCUAGGCGGGUACCUGAGUGCUACUGGAGCAGGAGGACGACUCGGUGAUGGUAAUGGGAGUAGAGAGGGUAGUGUUGACAGUGGCGGCGGGAGUGGCAGCGGGAGUGGAGCGAAGAGGAGGAGUAGACCGCCUAGCUCGGAUCUGAGGUGGUCUUAG